CAUAACCUAAAAUGUCAACAUUGUUUUGCACAAACUUUGAUUUUGCGUUAAUUUUAAGUUUAAAGCUUAGUAUAUUGGUAGAAUGUCGACAGUAUUCGGAAAAGUUGUUAAAUUAAUACUCUUGGAAAGAUUUGGGCCUGUUGUUGAGCAAGUGGGGUCCUAUUUAUUUCAAUAUGGAACAAAUCCCUUACUUUAUAUUAUGAAAUAUACUGAAUUACCAUUAUCCAAGAUAAAAGAAUCGCUUUGUAUUUUAAUAAAAUAUAACUUGGUCACAUUCGUAACCAACAAAAAUGAAAAUCUAGCAAAUUAUACUUUAAAACCUGAUAGGAUUUUACUUAUGCUCCGAUAUCCAAAAUAUAACAAUCUUAUUAAGAAAAAAUUUGGUGAUGAAUCUGAAAUGAUCAUAGAAGAAGUAUUGCAAAGAGGUUACUGGACUGCUUCCGAACUUAUAUUAAAAGUAAUAGAAAGAUUAAAAAAAAAUGAACAAGCCACGUCAGUGAGUUUAGUGAAGGAUAAAUUUAAAUCAUUAGUUGUAGCUAAAUAUUUAGUUAGAAUGCCAUACCCUAAAGAUGACAAACCUGUCCCUGAUCUUCAAAUACAGGAUAACGAGUUAUACAUAUUUCCUGAUAUUGAUAACAAAAUUUUGGCACAAAUAAACGCGGGAGCUGAAUCGAUGGAUAAAAUACCUGACAAAGGUAUUUAUUGGACUAUAAAUUUUGAUAGGUUUCAUCAAGAUAUGAGGGAUAAAAUUAUUGUAACUGCUUUUACAAAAAAGAUUGAUGAUAAUGCUGGAAAGUUUGUUGAAUUAUUGUUAAGGCAAAUGUACAUUAGGACUAUGCCCUGGGCAGAUUCCUCAAAUCCUGUGCCGAUAUUGGAAAUCAAGGAUAUUAUUCGGAAACAAGAAACACACAAGCAACUAUUGGCGUUUUUUGAUCAGUAUGUUAAUGUGAUAGAACAAGAUAAUAGUAAUCUAAUUAGGAAAGCUGGUGAAGCUAGUGGAGGUUCAUUUCAAAUAUUUAUGAAGGAGGCUUUUAUACAAUUUGCAUGGGAAACCAUAGAACAAAUUGUUUUAGAAAAAUAUGAUUCUAAGGCUGCAAGAAUUUUUAGAUUAGUUAAAUCAAAAAAACAUAUUGAACCUGAUCAAAUCCAAAAGUUAGCCAUGAUACCUGCCAAAGAGGCUAAAAGACUUUCUUAUUUACUUUUAGAGGAAAAUUUUCUACAGAUUCAAGAACUGAAAAAAUCCAACACCAACAAUGGGCCAAAUAAAACUUUUACUUUAUUCCACAUAAAUUUGGAGCAAGUGGUUAGAAUGACUUUAGAGCAUUGUUAUAAAACUUUGUUUAACAUUAUGACAAGGAAAAAUCACGAAAAGGAAAUAAAUAAACGAAUUAUAGUGAAAAAACAAAGAGUGGACACUAUUGCAAUGGAUAUGAGGGAAAAGGGAGCCGAGGAGGGACAAAUUUCAGAUAUUGAAGAAAUGAUCACCCCUCCAGAACGAGAAAUUUUAGAAAGAAUAGACAUAACAUUAAAGAAACUAAACACUGUAGAAUUGGAAGUGGAUGAAACUAUUUUUUUGUUACAAAUUUAUUUAAUGUAUCAGUAAAAUAAUUAUUCCAUAAAAGGCAUUUUUCUUGUAAGAAAAUACUAUAUAGUGGACCUGACUUUAU